CAAUAUUUACGUCUCAAGCACACCUCCGCACACACACCCCAGCUGUCAAAUCGUCAACAGUAGUCAAGUGUAGGAUAACCGAGUUUCCGUCAAAAUCCUAAAUUCAAGUAUCUCUCUGGGUUCGUUGAAAAGUGCGGUGUAAAUUUUCAUAAGGCAAGCGGUUCUCACGUGACUAAUUCGCUUUUCGAAACUAGGUUUCUGAUUGGAGGACGUACUUCGGUUCCUCCAGGUCUAUUGCGUGGUUUUAUGACGUCUCAACAAGGAUGUCGGAUGUGUAAACUGUUGCAAAACGUUCCUAAACUGUAUUAUGAAUUGCCGAGGUGACCGGUAUGUCACGUAGAUUUGGUCACAAAGUGGUUGUGUUGGCUGAGGCGGCAGAAGAAAAACGGCAAGUGUUCUUUAAUUUAUUUCCAAAUCAGUUAUGCAAUAUUAUAUACUGGAUAAUUUAAUGUAAAAAUUGCAAGAAUUUAAUCAUAAAUAAGUCAGCUCACGUAAUGGAUAGUCAAAAAGAUGAGCUCGAUGCGGACACAGUUGACGAAUUGCCAACUAAAUCAACAUCACCAAAAUAUAUCGGUAAUUUUGAAACUCCAACCAAUACCCCUUCAAAGUAUAAACAAUGUUACCGCACCGAAUGGGAAUCAAUGCCACAUUUUAAAGAUUGGUUGAAACCUGUUCAUGGUGAACCAACCAGGGCAUUUUGUACAUACUGUGAUAAAAGUCUUCAUGCCCAUCGCCUUAGCCUUCUCAAGCAUGCAUGCACAGCAAGACAUACUAAAGCUGCCCAAAGUGUGUUUGCUAUGAAGAAUUGUAAUAACGAAAUAUUACCCAAUAUUGAAAAUAUUACUGUGGAACCUAGUGCUGAUGCUGCUGAUGAGGACAGCAAUUCGGAUGAAGAAGUUGUAGAUGAACCCUCUGAAGCAGGUGAUGCUGGUGAAGACACCAGUCAACCUCCUCCAAAGGUAGCUCGAAUGGAUUCUGUGCAUAUACCUCCACAACGUAGUAAACUAUCAACUCAUGUUUUGGAUACUGCCAAAGGAAGUCCUGUUGGAGGACUCCAAGUGAGUUUGUAUAAGCUUAUUGAUAGCCGCUGGAGAAUCUUGAGUGAAGGAUUCACCAAUCCUGAUGGCCGUUACUCUGAAUUCCUACAGAAGGAUGCAGUUUUGUCUCCAGGACGGUACAAAAUGCAUUUCGAUGUGGAUCGUUAUUUUGUUCUUCGUAAACAAGAAUCUCUGUACCCCUUUAUUGAGAUUGUUUUUGAUGUGAAAUCUCCUCACGAGCAUUACCACAUACCAUUGCUCCUAAGCCCGUUUGGAUACACGACAUACCGUGGUAGCUAGUGCGCUAGUACCAGAAUGAAUUCAAGCAUUGAAUAAUAUUUUGAUAUCAGUUUUGUGUACAUUUCAUUUUUAUUGAUGUUGGACAACUAAUUGUAAAGUUUUUGUUAAUUUCAUCAGGUUUCGUCCUGUGAAUUCUGAUCAUCCACAUUAAGUUGUAUCUAUGUAUUUUUUCUGAAAACAAUUUGUGAAAUGAUGCAUGAAAUAAAGUAUAUACAUUGUUACAGAAUUACA